GCUGCGGCGGCAGCGGCGGGAGGAGGCGGCGGCGGCGGCGGUAGCGGCUCCUCCUCCUCCUGGGCCUCGGUGCCGCGGGGCCGCUUUCCGGGACGGCCCGGCGGGUGCCGCGCGCGGGGAGCCGGGGCCGGCAGCCGCGCGCGGAUCUCGCUGCUGGCGCCGCAGCUGCUGCUCUGGGCCGCCUCCUCCGGAGAGGGCGAGCGGGCCGUGUCGGCGGCGGCGGGGGACACCACCCUGGGGAGCCUGCUGGGCCUCAGCCGGAGCUGGCGCCGCCUGCAGAGUCUGCUGGGGGACAGCAGCGAGGAAGAGCCGGAAGAGUUCCUGGGCUUCCAUUCAGAGGACAACACUUUUCAAAGCCCACUGCGUGCUGCUCUAAGAUCUAAAAGAGGUACCUCUCUGCUAUCGCACGGCAGGAGGAAGAAGGCAUUUGCUGAGGACUCUGUUUCCAAAAGGUUAACCAAACAAAAGGCGGUGGAGUCCCAGCGAGAUCGUAUGGUGAAAGCUUUGGCCGAACUGCUUCAGAGGACCAAAGGGACUCCGGGAAGGAUAGGCCGGCAAGCAACAUCUGGUCCAAAAGUGGUCAGGAUGCUUCCUAAGCAGACUCAAGCUGACCCAGAACCUGCUGACCCAUUGAAAUCCACCGCCCCUCCCCUUCUUCCACCACCGACAGAGAAGACACUCAAUUCCACUGCCUCACCCAGGCCACGAGGCCGGCCACGUGGCUCCUUCAGAAAGAAACCAGUUGCAAGACCUCCUCCCAAGAGCACCAAAACUUCCCCUUCCAUCCCGGAGCCUAACAAUAAUAUCCAGCUGCCCUCCUCGUGCACAGAAGAAAUCAAUGCAUCCUCUGAGCCGGCGGAAGCGUUGAAGAAACCACCGCUCAUCCUCAAGUUCUUCUCCAAGGCCAGGCGGCAUAAAUCUGGCCAGUUGGUGGUGACUCACGUCCGGCUAAAGACCCAGGGUCACCGAAGGGGCCGGAAGAGGAAGUGGAGCGUGGUGCCGGAAAAGAAGCUCUCCCCGCUUCCUUCGGAGGCGGUGUCUGAAUCGGAAGCAGUUUUGUCAGAGCCGGAUACCUCUGCCCCAGAACCCAAACAGAACGAACCCCCUGCUCCCCAUUUGCUAUCAGAGAAUCCUGCCCCCGAAUCAUCUCCUCAGCCCAAAUCCCCCGUUUCAAACCCAGAGCCAGAACAGGAGGCAGUUGUCCAGGAACUGCAGCCAGCCCCAGAGGCCCCUGUCCCAGAACCAAAGCCUUCCAUACCUGAAGGUGACGCUCUUCCUUCGCCCAACCAGGUAUCUUGGAAACAGGAGUCCCAGCAGCAGCAGCCCUGUCCACAGAGCGACAGAGCGGCCCUCCUUUCCGAGAAGGGGCCUUCUCGGGUUGCCCUUUCCAUAAGGGCACGGUGUUUGAAACGGGGUCGUGGGCGGCGCAUGGCAGCUCAGCCAUUGCCAGGCAAGAUGAGGGAGGAGGCCGGGGGAACGGCUCAGCAGUCCGGAGUCGCUGGCUCCGAGGAGGCCCCCACUCUCAAAACUACCUUCCUGAAAAAUAUCCGCCAGUUCAUCAUGCCGGUGGUGAGCGCCCGGUCGUCUCGUCUCAUCCGGACCCCCCGUCGCUUCAUGGAUGAGAUCCCACAGAAGGCGACCAAGCUUUUGGAAAGCCCUGUCCCUGACGGGGUUUUGGACAAGCAGGAAGCUUCUCUGUUGCCAUUGCAGAGUCCCCCCCAGCAGCUGAACCCCUCAGUCCCCAGUUCUCCAGAAAAAGAUACCUCCAGGGCCCCGUCCUCCCCAUCUUCCCCAAGCGGGCUCCAUAUGAUUUCCUCGGCCCUGCCCGAGAAACGGCGGUCCAUCCUCCGGGAACCCACAUUCCGAUGGACCUCACUCAGCCCCACUUUGUCCCCCAAAGAGAAGGGGAAGGCUCUCUUCCAGGCGCCUAGUGAAGAUGCAUCUCUUGGGCCCAGUGCGCCAGCCCCCGUCCCUUCCACCCCAACCAAGCGCACUCCCUUGCUACGGGCCCCCCAGUUUACACCUAGCGAGGCGCACCGUAAGAUCUAUGAAUCGCUCUCGGUGUCUCCCGAAGAGUCUGACCUGGUGCCGGCUUCCCCCGAGGUCAGAAGGGACCCCCCGGUGGCGCUGCAAGAAGCUCCCUUGCUCUCCAACGAGCCCGUGGUGACCCGCAGCGGGAAGAAACUGGUGGGAAGGACCAACCACCUUGCUUUGCCCCUCUUCCCGGAGGUUCCCAAACCCCUCGAAGCGCAGAGCAAAGAGCUCAUCACCAUGGAGGACGUCAAUUCUCCCGGCGUGGUUCACAAGGUGGCCAUCCGAAGAGUCCUGCCUCCCUCCUCUGCCCAAGCGGAGGAGCUGGAAGAGAAAGCGGCUGGUAGUUCGGAGAGCGAAGCGGAUCCCGCAAGCCUCUCUUCAGAGGAAGUGAAGCCCCCCGUACAGCAGCCCAAGCCCGUUGCCCCAUCGCUUUCCAGCAUGGAUAAAGUUUACAGCCUGCUGACUCGUGCCAAGGUGCAGCUGUACAAGAUUGACCAGCAGAAGCAAUUCAAAUUCAUUCCGGGGUGUCAAAGUAUCAAAGCCGAGGCCUUUGAGACUCCAAAACUCCCGGCUGAGCAGGAGACGCCCACAGACCUCAACACGGCAGAAGACAAAAAAGAGGUUAGAAAACAGGGCCAGGAGUCCCCGGUGCAGGGCCCACGGAUCAAGCACGUUUGUCGGCAUGCCUCGGUGGCCUUAGGGCAGUCUCGUGCGAUGGUGCCGGAGGACGUGCCACGUCUCAGUGCCCUGCCUCUGCGAGAGAGGGAAGAGAUUGCUGCAUCGCCCACCAUAGAGGAGACCUCAUCAGCGUCUGAGAAUGAGUGUGGCCAGCAGAAACAAGUGAAGCCGGAUUCCGCUGUCAAGGCUACGCCGCCCCCUGUGCGUCGCCACAUUUCUCACCAUCAUGGCAAAAAGAACCGCAUGACUCGCUGUGGGAAGUGCAAAGGAUGCCUGAGGCUCCAGGACUGCGGCGAAUGCAUCAACUGCCUGGACAAACCAAAAUUUGGCGGGCCAAACACUAAGAAGCAAUGCUGCGUGUAUCGGAAGUGCGACAAGAUUGAAGCACGGCGAGUGGAACGGCUGUCUAAGAAAGGCCGUACGGUAGUGAAGCCCAUCGCCCACUGGGAUUCGGAGGAUUCUCAAGAGGAGUUUCCAGCCCCCUGGGAAGUCAUGCUGGGGGCCACGGAGACCGCUGAGCAAGACUCUCUGUUGCAGCGUAAGUCAGCCCGGCGCUGCGUCAAGCAGAGGCCCUCGUAUGACAUCUUUGAAUCCUCUGACUCAGACACAGAGCCGGCCUCAGCCACUCAUCGCCGGAAAUCUUCGCGCGACUCAGAUUUGCUUCCCGUGGACCCUGAGGAGCAAAGUCGGCCCCGUAAAAGUUCUUUGCAGCCCGUGGUGCAGCUGAAAGCGAGGAAGAAACCAGAGAAGGUGAGCCAUCAAGAAAAGGACAUCCCUCCUCCUGCCUCACUCCCCUCCAUCUCCAAUGGCUGGAAUGGGAAACAGAAAUCCACGGAUGGAGUCCACCGUCUCAGGGUUGAUUUCAAGGAAGACUGUGACUUGGAGAACGUCUGGCUGAUGGGCGGCCUCAGCAUCCUCACUUCAGUACCGGUCACCACGCAGGUGGUAUGCCUGCUCUGCGCAAGCAAAGGUUUCCAUCAGCUGGUGUACUGCCAGGUAUGCUGUGAUCCUUUCCAUGUCUUCUGCCUGGAGGAGGAUGAACAGCCGCUGCCCGAGCAGGAGGACAGCUGGUGUUGUCGCCGCUGCAAGUUUUGUUAUGUCUGCGACCGCAAAAACAAAGCAUCCAAGCAACUGCUGGAGUGUGAGCGCUGCAGGAACUGUUAUCACUUGGCCUGUCUUGGCCCCAACUAUCCCACCAAACCAUUCCGUAAGAGGAAGGGCUGGAUCUGUUCCGCCUGCAUCCGCUGCAAAAGCUGUGGGACAGCGCCGGGGAAGAACUGGGACACGGAAUGGUCCAGCGAUUACAGUCUCUGCUCGGCCUGCUCUGUGCUGUACAAUAAAGGGAACUACUGCCCAAUCUGCUUGCACUGUUACGAAGACAAUGACUACGAGAGCAAGAUGAUGCAGUGUGCCAAGUGUGACCACUGGGUUCAUGCCAAGUGCGAGGGACUUUCAGAUGAGGGCUAUGAGAUCUUGUCUAACUUGCCGGAGAGCGUGGUGUACGCAUGCCGACCCUGCUGUGGCAGCGAUAAGACCAAGUGGCGAGAGGUCCUUAACUCAGAGCUGCGCAAGGGACUGCGGCAAGUGUUGCAAGGACUGCUGAGCUCCAAGUGUGUGGCGCCACUGAUGCAGUGUGCACAGUGCUGCCCGGAUGAUGGUGUGAAGGUUCACCUCCGGCCCUGUGACCUACGCACCGUCAACAAGCUCUUUGAACAGGGGAAUUACUCGUCCGUGCACAGCUUCAAUGAGGACAUAGUGGGAGUCCUAUUGGGACAAACGGAGGAAGAACAGGUCACCUUCUCUGCAAAGAAACUCUAUCUUGAGCUGAUGGGAAAGUAUUUCGGCUGGUUUGAUGCUCUGGAUGCAAAGCACUGGACCCGCAACAGCUCCCUUCCCAAUGGCAUGCUUCCCAAUGCAGUUCUGCCUCCUUCCUCUGACCACAUCUAUGCUCAGUGGAGGCAGCCACAAGAGGUCAGCUCAGCUGCCAACAGCCACCUGAGUUCUGCUGGUUCUGAAAACAUAGCUGGGAAAGAGGCAGAACAUGUCCCUCCAGAGCAGCUGUUGGCGGACCCUGAGGAUAAGAGACAGUGUGCUCUCUGUCUUCAGUUUGGAGAUGCUCCUUCCAAGGACGCAGGGAGGCUGCUGUACAUUGGCCAAAACGAAUGGACUCACGUCAACUGUGCCAUCUGGUCAGCGGAGGUCUUUGAGGAGAACGAUGGCUCCUUGAAGAACGUACAUGCUGCGGUGGCUCGGGGCCGGCAGAUGCGCUGUGAACACUGUCAACGCACCGGGGCCACGGUUGGCUGCUGCCUCUCUGCCUGUCUCAGUAACUACCACUUCAUGUGUGCCCGCCUCUGUCAAUGUACUUUCCAGGAGGACAAAAAAGUUUUCUGCCAGAAGCACGUUGACCUCUUGGAUGGAACGGAGAUCGUUGCUGAAGAUGGGUUCGAUGUCCUACGGCGGGUCUACGUCGACUUUGAGGGAAUCAGCUUCAAGAGGAAAUUUAUGGUGGGCCUGGAGCCGGAUACCAUCCACAUGAUGAUAGGUACUUGACGGGGUGCGAACGAGCAGCGGUGGGAUGAGAGGAAGCAUUGGGAUCCAAAGUAUAGAUGAGUAGAUUGCUUCUCCCAUAAAGGCGGAGGUUCUCGUGGUGGACGUGGGAAUGAAUUUAAGGGUUCAGAGGUAAAGAAGAUCUGAUCUGAAAAUGUCUCUGCGGCCCUCAUGUUCAUGCCUCCCGCUCUGGCAGGGCUCAUCUUCGGAUUGCGUAGAAGCAGAAUGGGGCCAUACCCCGAGAGCACUGCAUGCCGUAGGAGGUGUGAUGUGUUUCCAAGAGAACAGACUUCAUUCCCUAGGAGUGCAUUUUUUUUUUCACAUGGAAAUGAAUGGGAGCAAUUUAUGGACAUGGGAUAAAACACUGGUUCACAUCACUGAAAUUAGAAUUUAACCUGGUCUUGGUGGCUUCCGUGGCUUUAUAUGUAUGGGAAGGGGUGGGUGAGACUAUUAAAGAAAACGGUCCCUCCAAGGGCUGCACUGACGACAGCCAUGUUGGUGUCUAGGUGAGCCGUGGUGGCACAGUGGUUACGAUGCAGUAUUGUGGGCGUAGUCUGCUCACUGCCCGGAGUUCAAUCUUGACUGGCUCAAGGUUGACUCAGCCUUCCAUCCUUCUGAGGUCUGUAAAAUGAGGACCCAGAUUGU